AUGGAGGUGGCCUUCCUAGUGUUUGGAAUUGUCCUUCUGGAUUCCUGUGGACAGGUCUGUUUUACUCCUUUGGAAGCCUUACUGUCUGACCUUUUCCCAGAAGGAGAGGCCUGCAGGAAGGCAUUCUCAGUCUAUGCAUUAACAGUUGGAGUAGGCGCAUGUAUUGGUUAUUUAAUACCUUCUGUGGACUGGAGUGGCAGCUGGCUGGCACAGCAAUUAGGAGGUCAAGAACAAUGUCUGUUCACACUCCUGCUUAUUAUAUUUUCUGGAUGUGUAUUUGCUACAUUCUUUGUCUCAGAGGAAAUCUGGACAAAUUCAGUACAUCAGGAUAUCUCUUUGGAGCAAACAGCAAGGUGGGGGACUUCCCUGCAACUGUGUCAGCUUUGGACUCUGCCAUACAAUCUUUGGCGUAUGGUUCUUGCAUUCAGAAGUGCAUGUGCUUUGGUUCCACGAUUGAGGAGAUUUUGUUGCGGGGUGCCCAUUGCUCUGUGGCGCCUAUUUGUGGCACAACUAUGCUCUUGGAUGGGCCUUAUGACAUUUAUACUGUUUUAUACCGACUUUGUUGGAGAAGGACUGUAUCAUGGUGUGCCAGUGGCAGAACCAGGAACAGAAGCUAGACUUCGUUAUGAUGAAGGAGUCAGGAUGGGAAGUCUGGGCCUCUUUCUUCAGUCUGUUAUAUCAAUAGCCUUUUCAGCCUCUAUGGAUCACCUAGUUAGGACAUUUGGAACAAGAUUUGUCUACAUAGCUGGUGUCUCUUGUCUACCUGUUGCUGCAACGAUCAUGUGCUUUUCUAGCAAUGUUGUCAUGGUAACCGCAUCAGCUGCCAUAACAGGAAUCCCU